UUUGGUACCAAAAUAGUUGGUGUCAAAGCCUAAUGAAUUCCUAUAUCAUCUUUGUUUCAGUCAAAGCCUAGCUUCCAUUGAAGUGAAGUACACGUAGACCAAAGGUAGUCCAGUCCAGGCUCUUCUAGUCUUCUUAUUCAGUGGCUUUACUAGUUUACCCCCCAUGUUGGCAAGAUCAGUUUCCAUGUGCUCUUGAUUUGUUUAUUGGAUGGCUCCCAGAGGCUUAAACUACAAUAUUCAUUACUCUCUCUCUCUCUCUCUCCCUCUCUCUCUCACCAAAUUCUUAAAAGUUGAAACAUAGACUCAAUCCCCUUCCAUGAUUCCGUCUGCAGAUCAAACCCAUUUAAUUAAUCUCAAUGGUGGCCAUGGAAUUUUAAUGAAACUACUCUAGUUCUUCUCACUGGGAAGAGCUUGCUUAUUGGUUCCCUUUCCUGGUUUGCCUUUCUGAGGGAUCUUUCUCUUUUCCCCAUAAAAGUUUUCAAGAAAAAUCUCUUUGGGCAUUGAGCUUUUGUUUUGGGGUCUGCUGUCACAAUCUCUCUCUGGUAGAACAUGUGGGAUUCCAUGCUUUUGCCUCCUCUAAGGGCAUAAAGAUGGAAUCUGGGAGUAGGUUUUACUCAGCUGAUGCUGAUGAGUUCAGAUUGGAUGCAAAAUGGCUGAUUGAUCCUAAGCAUCUGUUCGUUGGGCCAAGAAUUGGAGAGGGAGCUCAUGCCAAAGUGUAUGAGGGCAAAUACAAAAACCAGACUGUUGCAAUUAAAGUUGUUCAUAGAGGAGAAACUCCGGAGGAGAUCGCCAAGAGAGAAGGACGGUUUGCCAGAGAGGUUGCAAUGUUGUCUAGAGUUCAACAUAAAAAUUUAGUGAAGUUUAUUGGUGCCUGCAAGGAGCCAGUAAUGGUGAUCGUUACUGAGCUUUUACUGGGAGGUACAUUGCGUAAAUAUUGUCUGAACAUGCGGCCAAGGUGCUUGGACAUACGCAUUGCUGUUGGUUUUGCACUCGAUAUUGCUCGUGCAAUGGAGUGCUUGCACUCUCAUGGGAUCAUACACCGUGAUUUGAAGCCUGAGAACCUACUCUUGACGGCAGACCACAAAACAGUUAAAUUAGCAGAUUUUGGGUUAGCAAGAGAAGAGUCAUUAACAGAGAUGAUGACUGCAGAAACUGGGACAUACCGUUGGAUGGCUCCAGAGCUGUACAGUACUGUUACAUUAAGGCAGGGAGAGGGAAAGCAUUACAACCAUAAAGUGGAUGCCUAUAGCUUCGCAAUCGUUUUGUGGGAACUCUUACACAACAAGUUGCCUUUUGAAGGCAUGUCAAAUCUCCAGGCAGCAUAUGCAGCUGCAUUUAAAAAUGUGAGGCCUAGUGCUGAUGAGAACCUCCCAGAGGAAUUGAAUAUCAUCCUAACUUCCUGCUGGCAGGAGGACCCAAAUGCUCGACCUAAUUUCAUUCAAAUAAUUCAAAUGCUACUUGAUUAUCUUUACACCAUAUCUCCUCCUGAACCUGCAAUUCCAUCUCGAAUUUUCACUGAGAACACUGUCUUGCCACCGGAGUCUCCUGGCACAAGCUCCUUGAUGGCAGCACGCGAUGGCUCAGGGGAGACACCCAAAGGAGAAAUGGAAGACAAGCCAAAAGGAUUUUUCUUCUGCUUUAACCAGUGUUAUUGAGUGCUGAUUAGUUUAUGAGAAGAUCUAUAACCUCUGCCCUUCCUUCGGGUCAAUAAUGUUCGGAGGGCUCCUAAACAAUAGAAUCUAGUCCGAUUAAGUACAUUUUGUUAACAUGGUAAAUGUUUAAGCUGAUCAAAAUCAAUGUUCAUCAAGUUCAAUUGUCAGAUGAAUUCACCACUUUGUAUCUAUUGAAUGUUCCACUGGAUCUAGUCAACAUGUAGGAUCUUACUUGCGAUUCAA